AUGGUCAACAAUUUACAGUAUCGAUCUUUGGUUGAUCUUGUAUAUGCUUCUCCCUCAUCUUCUUCCAAGGAAAAGCUUGCCAACAGGGACGACAAUGGAGUUGAAGCAGUUGAAGGAACCGAUGGAACGACGCAAAAGCUGAUCGAGUAUUUGAAUUCUUCGGGGAUGCAUAUCUUUCUUGACAACCAACUGAUGAAAUCAUAA